AUGUUUUAUUUGGCAUUUGAAAAUUCUGUUUGUAAGGAAUAUAUUACUGAAAAAUUUUGGAAUUUGAAACAUUUAAUUGUGCCUAUAGUCCUUAGUCGUCGUGUAUUCAACAAUACAAAAAUACCAGAUAAUGUGUAUAUUGAGGUAGAUGAUUUUAACAAUGUGGAAGAACUAGCCAAGUAUUUGCUUUAUUUGCAAAAGAAUGAAACAGCUUAUUUAAGAUAUUUUGACUGGACAAAAACCUACAGAAAAACUACUUAUAGAUCUAAUUUCGACAAAUUUAUUAUUUACGUUCGUCAGGCUUAUAUCAGUGCUAAGAAUAACACUUAUGCACCAUCAUAUAAUCCACUAUGCAAUCUCUGUGAGUUUGUACAUAAACAACAAGCAAAUAAUCAUCCAAAGCAUAUAAUCAGAGAUAUUUGGAAAUACUGGUAUGAUCCCAAAUUUUGUAUUAAAAAUUGGGCAGAUAAGUGGUUAAGAAGCAAGAACAAGGUAGCUUUUAAGAAGGCUAUGUGGCAAUAA